CUGAAGUCUAUGGAUAUACUAUUGCAAAAAUGCAGUCUGUUAAAGAGGAGUUUAAAGAGGAGAGUGAAGACAUCAGAAUUACAGAACCAUGCAGAAUGACACAUGAAGAUACUGAGAAACAAAGAGACUUGAUAGAAGUAAAAGAGGAAAGGAAAGAACUGAAUGACGUGGAGAAGUAUGAUCAUAAAUCUGAUAAUUUAAUCACUAGUGAAGUAUCUUUAAGUGGCUCAAAGACUGAAAAUAAUUUCUCACUAAAAAGAACUCGAAGAACAAGAGACAAAAAUUCUUUCACCUGCUCUCACUGUGGAAAGAGUUUAUGUAAUGCAGAUAUUAAGCGUCACAUGAGAAUUCACACUGGAGAGAAGCCAUUCACAUGCUCGCAGUGUGGAAAGAGAUUCACACAAGCAGGACAUCUUGAGGUUCACAUGAAAAUCCACACUGGAGAGAAGCCUUUCACCUGCCAUCAAUGUGGAAAGCGUUUUACACAUAAAGGAAGUCUUCAGCGUCACAUUAGAAUUCACACUGGAGAAAAGCCUUUCACAUGUCUUAAGUGUGGAAAGAGUUUCACACAACCAAGCCAUCUCAGAGUUCAUCAACAAUGUCAUUCUGGAUUAAAGCCAUUUAACUGUGAUCAGUGCGGCAAGACAUUUAUGUGGUUAUCAAAUCUAAAGUUACACCUGACAUCUCAUGCAAAUGAGAGUCCUCACGUGUGUUCUUUUUGUGGAAAGAGUUUUGUUAAAUCAGGAAACCUGAAAACACACGAGAGAGUCCAUACUGGAGAGAAGCCAUACCACUGUACUUCAUGUGAGAAGAGUUUUGCACAUAAAGGAAAUCUUCAGCGUCACAUGAGAAUUCACACUGGAGAAAAGCCUUUCACAUGCUCACUGUGUGGAAAGAGUUUCACACAACCAAGCCACCUCAGAGGUCAUCAACAAAUUCAUUCUGGAUUAAAACCGUUUAUCUGUGAUCAGUGUGGAAAGACAUUUACUAGGGCAUCAAAUCUAAAGUUACACCUGACAUCUCAUGCAAAUGAGAGACCUCACGUGUGUUCUUUUUGUGGAAAGACUUUUGUUGCAUCAGAGAACCUGAAAAACCACGAAAGAGUGCAUACUGGAGAGAAGCAGUUCAAAUGCACUUCAUGUGGGAAGAGUUUUGCACAUAAAAGAUAUCUUAAGCAACACAUCAGAAUUCACACCAGAGAGAAGCCUUUCACCUGAAAUUACAUCUUUUUCUCUACAUUUUGGCCUUCUGUCCACACUGAAGUGCAUUUUUGUCCAGCAAAAACUGAGCUUUUCGAAAAUGCUCUCCCAAGUGGAUAAAUGUGAAAACGCCGUCUUCAGGUUUUGAUGUGGACAGGGAAAACAAAAGGUGUGUUCGACUUGAACUGCAUCUCGAUUUGCCAGUUGAAGAGAAGUUGAAGAGAGCCGUCAAGCUGAACACUUGCACUUCUCAUCGUCUGCUGAAGCCACACCAGUCACGGAAGAUCACGCAAUGUUUGUUUUCUUUAUUGCAGACGAAGUUGAAUACAGAUAGACAGACAGAUGUUUGAAUUUUAAAUAAAAUAACCAGAAACAUUGUUUAUUUGAAAAGGUUAUGUGCUGCUUAAAACAGUGCCUGUUGUUUGUAUAAGAAAAUCCAAUAAA